AUGAGUGGGCAUUUCGGAGUACAACGGACGUUAUGUAAAAUUCGUACUCGAUUCUGGUGGCCCAAUAUGCGCAAAUCAAUAGAGCAUUACAUAUCAUCUUGUCAACAAUGUAUGAAAUUCAACAUCCUACGCAGUAAAACACCAGGUCACCUUAAAUCGUUCGAUCCACCAACAGAUGUAUUUCAGGUACUACAUAUGGAUUUCUGGGGUCCUGUCCGCACAUCAGCGCAAGGAAAUCGGUACGUACUAGUCCUUACGGACAACUUAUCCAAAUAUGUAAUAGCAAAAGCGAUGUCAAAUAAUACUGCUAAGGCUGCUGCCGAAUUCAUUAUGAACGAAUUCAUUAUGGUGCACGGCGCCCCUGAACGAAUUAUCACAGACAAUGGUGUACAUUUUAACAACACAUUAAUGAAGAAUAUCACCACAAUGACGCGUAUUGCUCAUGCAUUUUCGGUGUAA